CAGAAAGUUUGAGUCGUUGCCGCUGCCACGAAAAUGUCAGCUCGCUUGUGGCUGGUGAUGAUUAACUCUAAAGCGCUUCUGUAAACUAGCUUCUUGUUUCCUUCUAAGUGUUACUGAGACGCUCGACCGUGUUUUGCUCGGCUUGCGAGCAGAAUGAUGGGCGAACCACUCAACCAAGGUGCUUCACCGUCUAGCGGGGGCAACUUUUCAGCAGGUAGUAGUGGUGAUCUCGAUUCGUCUACUAUAGUGAGUCUGGAUGAAAGGAUAUUGGACAUCACAUCGCGACACACCUUAAGCGUUCUCAGGACACCACCCACUAAAAAGGCUAAGAGAGUCCGAUUUUUUCGCAAUGGAGAUAAGUAUUACACAGGUGUGGUAAUGGCAGUAACGCCAGAAAGAUAUCGCAGUUUCGACAGUCUUGCAUCUGAUCUGACACGUGCCUUGGUAUCGAGUGUAACUCUACCAAACGGUGUUCGUGCGAUUUAUACCAUGGACGGCCGUAAGAUACAAAGCGUCAGCGAUUUGGAGGAUGGCAAGUGCUAUGUGGUAUCUGGCCAAGGUGAGAUUUUUAAGAAGGUUGAAUAUUCGGCAUCCAAGGUCCGCCGAGGCAGCUCUUUGUCUGGAUUACCACAGUCACCGGCGGCUAGUAGUAGCGGCGGUGGCACCGGCAGGCAGAUCAGCGCCAUUCCGCUGUGCGUGAAAGCGCGCAUCGUGACGCUGAUCCGCCACGGUACCAAGCCGCGUAAAGUAGUAAGGCUGUUGCUGAAUAAGCGUAAUGCACCCAGUCUUGAGCAUGCGAUGAAGGCUAUUACAGAAGCAGUAAAACUUGAUUCUGGAGCGGUAAGAAAGGUGUAUACAUUGUCGGGUCAGCAAGUCACUUUGCUCGAGCAAUUUUUCGAAAGCGACAUCUUUGUGGCGUAUGGUCCUGAAAAGUCUAUACAAGAGGACUUUGAGCUAGACUUCGAGGAGAGUAAGUGUGUGCAGAGUUUUCGACGAUGUCCAUGGAGUUCUAAACGACAGAGCGGUCCGAUGCCACGUAUGCCGAGAAAGUCUGGCAAGAAAAUGCUCACUACGCCGCAAGUUAGGACCCCCAGUCCAUCAUCUUUGAUACUGCCACAACCAUUGAGGUUACACUACACAGUGGGGCAUGUUAUUGGAGAUGGAAACUUUGCUGUCGUUAGGCAUUGCAUUCAUAAAUCUACUGGUGCUGAAUACGCUAUGAAAAUUGUGGAUAAAUACAAGUGUCAGGGGAAAGAGACGAUGCUAGCAAGCGAGGUGGCGAUUCUAAGGCAAGUCUGCCACCCCAACAUAAUCAGCUUAAUUGCAGAGCAAGAGACUACUGAUCAGCUGUUCUUAGUUAUGGAACUCGUCAAGGGGGGAGAUUUGUUUGAUGCAAUCGCAGCUGCGACGAAAUUUUCUGAAGCAGAGGCAAGCGUCAUGAUUGGUCAUCUGACUUCUGCCUUGGCUUAUUUGCAUUCUCAUCACAUUGUACACCGCGAUGUUAAACCAGAAAAUCUUCUAGUUGAAAUGGAUGGAAGUCACGUUAGAUGCUUGAAGCUGGGCGACUUUGGACUUGCGCAAGUGGUGCGAGAACCUUUAUACACGGUUUGUGGUACUCCCACUUAUGUGGCACCGGAAAUUCUCGCCGAAACUGGAUAUGGUUUAAAGAUUGAUGUAUGGGCGGCCGGUGUGAUUCUGUAUAUUCUUUUGUGUGGCUUUCCACCUUUCGUAUCGGUAGAGAAUGAGCAGGAGGAGUUGUUUGAACGUAUUCUGAGUGGCCAAUAUGAAUUUACAUCACCAUACUGGGAUACGGUAUCGGAUUCGGCGAAGCAAUUAAUUUCGAACAUGCUGCAAGCACAACCGGAACUUCGCUUCAGUGCCGAGGAUGUGUUAGAUCAUCCAUGGCUCGCGCAGAGCUUUCUAGGAGGCGAGCAGACCGCAGCAGCAACAACCACCGACGCAUCGACGGAGCAACACCGGUAUCAGCAGUGUAAGCCGAUAAGAUUGGCUACUUUUGAGUUCGACUUUAAAAAGCAGCGCAGUCAACGGCAAGAAACCGAUCACGUCAAAACAAGAGUUGAAUGGAAGGACCUCAAUCAUCGCGACGCACUUGAACUUAACGAUAUCUUAAGAAAGCAAGAUAAACAGGAUUGCGACGAUAUCGACUUUGCCAACGGCAAUCACAGCGAGGAUGAGCCAGUGUUCCUUAGUUUUGACUCUUUGAGAAACAUCCACAGCUUAAGUCAAUCGAUGCAUGAUCUGAUAGAUAAUUUGAAUGAUAACAGAAUACCACGAUGUCGUCUCAAGUCGCAAAGCGCUACUUCUUCGCUCAACAGCAUUUCGGAAAAUUUAAACACGUAUAAUUAUCAUAGCAGUUUGUCAACUCGUUGCGACGAAGUUACCGUAAAGACUGCCAUUCCCACUGCAACUCCCAUUAAUCAUCGAGGCGACGAGAAAAAUGAAAACUUGCCGAAGGAAACAGAACAUCUUGACUUAAACUGCGAGACGCCCAAGUCGUCGAGUAAAUUUGCCUCUGUGAAUCGGCAAAGUAAAUGUAAUAGGAAAAACUUGUGCGAUAUGAAUCGCGAUGAUAGCGAGAACAGAUUUAACAAUGAUGACUUUCGCAACAGCAACAUAACCGUGUCAACAUCAAGCGAUAGCUUAACCGGUAACAGCUCGAUUGGCAACGAUAUCGAGACUUCCGACAGUUUCGUAAACAUUCAGUUCGCGCGUUUAACGCAUGGACAAAAGUCAAGCUCGACACAAAGUAUGGAAUCAACCGAUAGCUUCGAGAAUGUGAGUUUCCGAUACGCGCACCAAAAUAACUGUCUUGCGAAUCGUCCUUUGCAAAUUUCUUCGCAACUCACUGUUAAUCAGGAUCAGAAUAAGUCUGCCGCGAAAAUGUUACAAACCCGAAUACAAUAUUCAACUGCGCUGAGGUCGCCCAAACUGGACAUUCACCCUGAUAAGAAGAACUGCAACAGCUUGAGAGUUCAAGAAACAGACAAAGAAGUGAAGAACGAACCGAUAAAGCUGCGGCAUGAAAGAUAUAUUAAUAGGAAAAUCCCGAUAGAUUCCAGAAAUGUCAGAAGCAAGAGAUAUAGCUGCUACUCAUCAUGCGCGGCAAAAAGAUCACCUGAAGAGUUGCGCGAUGGCGACAAAGUUACGACGCGGAAAUUCAGUUCAACGGAUGAAUUGCGCGAUGAAGUGAGGCAGAGGACAACGACGCGAUCAAAACGAUUCAGUUUAUUCUACACGCCGCAGCCAUUAAGGAAGAUGUACGAGGGCGAGGCAAAAACUGGGAAGAUCGCGUGCAAAUCGGUGAAUCGUGCCCAGAAAUCUGAGAGUAAGAGGAGAGAUGCAGAAGAAGCAGAGAAAGAGAGAUUAGAUAAGAACCGAAGAUCAUCAGUGAUUGACGCUUCGACGGUCGCCAGCAGAAGCAAGUCCAACAGGCAGAAUGUUCACGUGAGACCGAGUGCUUUAGUGAAUACAAACAGGACAAAGUGAUAACGAGUAGAGUGGUAAAGAAUUAAAGUGAUUAGUCAUGAGGACAUGCGAAUGUUUAAUCACUAUAUGUGAUAGAGUUCAAAGUUCAAUAUAAUUGCUUUAAAAAUGAAACAUCAAUUGCAACGGUUUAUGUUGGUUAAAGCAAUUGAAAUUGGUCAGGAAUUGCUCUCCGGACGCAAGACGACCGAAAAGGCAAGUUUCGUCGAAGUUGAAGACUAUUUUCCUAAUUAUAUGUAUAUGCGCGUUGAGGAGUUUUGCAUUGCUUUAUUAUAAGUUUUAUUAAAAUCAGCAACUAAAAUGGGAAAGUAACUAAAGUAAAAUUUGGUGCAGAAAUAAACAACCUAUCAAAUCUAUUUAAUUUGAGUCUCGCAAGAGAUUUUAGAUCUUCAAAUAUAUCUUAAAUAUCAACGAAAGACUACAAUGAAAAAUAUUGCAAAAUUUUUAGAAAAAUUAUUUGUACAAUAUAGUUUCUUUUUCUUCUUUAGUUAUAGUAGAAAAGCAAAAUAUUAAAUAAAUAUCAAACUACACAAAAAGAUUCAAAGGUUACAAUAUCUUUUAGGAAUAUUUUCUUUGAUAAAAUAGCAUUGCAAAAUGAUUAUGUUAAUGAUUAACUAGGAGAGAGAGGAUAUAGUUCUACAAAAUAGAGUAAUAAUAUUUUUUAUCGACAAAGAUCAAUAGGCAAUAUAUAUAACAUGGAAUAAUUUGAAUGGGAAACUUUUUAAAUGCGCGUAUAUUUCCACAGAAUUCCUGUUGCUGUUGAAAACUAAAUAGCUAACAGAGACCAAAGACAGAUAUAUAAUGGUAAAGUACGAGAUUUUUAAUAAAUUAUAAUGAAACCGGAUUAAAUAUACUAUACAAAUAUACUAUGCAAAAAUUACACUUACCAGUGUUAAUUUUCGGGAUUAAUUUAGAAGAUUUGCUAACAAUUAGUCCCGAUUACAAUACGUCCCUUUUUAGAAAUAUCCUUAAUUAUAGAAUAUAAGAAUAAAAAAAUAUAUAAUUAAUCUUAAUUAUAAUGCUAACCGACAUUAUACAAUUAGUCUCGAAUCAUCCGAGUUUGGAAGCUGAUUGUAACAAAAUAUUAUUACGAAAGUAGUAGUGGAUUUCGCGAUAAUGAAGGUAAUGAUGACGAUAGAGGCGGAUGGGCUUCGAAUUAAGAACAAAACAUGCCAAAUGCAUUUAAGUAGAUUAUUUUGUAUCGAAUGUUUGCGUAAGUUUAGCUGUAGGUAUAAAACGCAUAUAAACGAAGUAUUCUAUCAAUCCAUUUGGUUCCAUGACGCGAAAAAAAUUUUAAGAGGUAAAAAUUAACUUUAUGAUAAUUUUUAAUUGCGCUUGUUUAUAUUAUUGAUUGCAUAUUUUGUUUAAAAUUAAAUUCAUCUUAAGAAGGAAUGCGAUUUUGGACUAAAGGAUAUAUUUUGAAUAAUUUCUUGAUAGACGAAAUGUAAUAAGAUCGUAAAAGAGUUGAAAAGUAAUAAGAGAGAGGAUUAAAAAUUUAGAAAUGUUAAACUUUCCAAUUUUAAAAAGACGCGAGUGAUUGAUAUUAAUAACGCAAGAAUUUUCACAGACAAAGGGCGAUGGAUUAGACGAUUUUUUGAAAUGCUCUGCAUAAAUGUAGUGCAAAUUAAACUUGUGCUCAAGAAAGGAUGAUGAAAGAAUUAUUUUUGUAAAGGCACUGCGAAAUUAUAUUUUAUCAAUAAAGUAUGACCCUGAUAAAUUAAUGAACAAGCACAUGCACUGCAAAAAAGAAAAAAAAAUAUGACUGUAAUUAAAAUUAUUUUUAUAGGUGUUGAUAAAAUGAAGACAAGAAUUGACUGAAUUAUUUUUAUCAAUUUAGUGUGUGGAAAGUAUACUUAGUUAAUUUGAAAUAAGGUUAACUAAAAUAGCGCAAAAAUACAUGUUUCUGUGAAAAUGAUUAUGAAUUAGGCUUACAAUGUAUUAAUUUCAUAGAAGUGUGCGCAAAAUUAUAUUUAUAUUUUCAUAUUUUUUAUAGCUCAUGAAAUAUAUAUAUAUAUAUUGAUAUAUUGUUUUAAAUCUAGAUUUAAACAGUUGAGAACAUAAAUAUUUUAAAUUUAAAUUAUAUUGAAAUUAGAAAAAAGUACAAGAUAAUUUUUGAAUUUUUGGAAAUUCCCAAAAUAAUAAAAAAAAUAAAAAAGAUUACUCAGCAAUAUUAGCAAGUAAAUUUCUCUGGAAUAUAUAAAGAUUCUGUCAAAUCUUUCUUGAUUCAAUUUAAUGAAGAGAAUCGUCAAUAUUAUUGUAACAUCGCGCUCUUUGUCCCUCGAUUCUUAAUAAUCUAAACAUCUAUCUAUCUCGCUUUGCUGCAGUGCUUCUCCAAAUACGAUUUUUGUAACGCGAUUGUGUGAUAUCUGUGGACAAAUUUUAUAUAUAUAUAUACAUAUAUAUAUAUAUAUAUAUAUAUAUAUAUAUAUAUAUAAUUGCGUUGACAUGUCUAAGACUCAGUUACUCGCGAAAUAAUAGAAAUAGUGUCAUUACUGUGAUUUGUUCGCUCGUCAUUUGUUUACUCGCGGAAUUCCGUCUAAUUUAUAUUUGCGAGUUUCUUAAUGAUUGAUAAUUAGUAUUUUUUUUGUUUCUUGUUCUCGUUUCGUUGUUUUGUCCUUAAUAUCGUAAUAAGCACACCGUGCGCAAUUUAUGGUAGUCUUAAACGUGAUUCACGCCAAAUAUUAAGAUGCAUAUGCAUACAUAUUGUGACUCUAGCUAUUUAUAUUAUAUUUUAUUAUUAUUAUUAUUAUUAGUAUUAGUAUUAUUAUUAUUACACAUGUAUAAAUAUAAAUAUGAUAUUCGCACAAAGGCAGGUCUUUUAUUGAUAUCACGCGGCUUUCUAUUUGUGAAUCAGCUAUAUCUAUUUGAAUUACAAUUUGCAGACACAAAAAAUUAAAAAAAUCUUUUAUCAACAUGUCAGGUUUGCGAUAUUCGGGCUUAUUUUUUCAAAAUACGUACUCUGUAUAAAUAUGAUGAAUCAAAUGUUUUAAUAACUCAUAAGUCUUUCAUAUAAAACAUGUUUCAAUGUAUGAAAGUGGAUUAAUUUUAAUUAUGCAGAUAAUCGGAAUUUAGGAAAAUAUAUUCAAUAAAUUUGUGAAAUAAUUAAUAUAUAAUUAUGAAUAUUAUAAUUUCUCUUUAAAACAUUUUGUUUGAUAUUAUAAUUUUCGAUAAAAUUAAACGUUUGAAUUAUUUGCCAGAUCGAGAGAAAACGAUAAUUUUUUUGCAUUUCUAGUAUAUAUUAGCAAGCGAAUAUAUCACAACAUAUUAUAUAUUACUUGUGCAAUAGAUUGUACCAAUUGCAUGCGACGUUCCAGAGCAAUCAAGAGAGAGAAUUUAUACUUUAUUAAUAUUUCAAUUAUUCGCGAUUAACACGCACACACAUACACACGCAGAAAUGCAUUGGCAAAUAUAUUUAAUGUACUGCCACGAAACUUAUUUGUAUUAUAUUUAUAUUGGAAAAUAUAAUUACAGAAUUUCACACAUUCACCGCA